AGACAGGUGAGCAGUUCACCGCGAAACGUUUACGGGAGCAGCACGGUUUGUACGUAGGCUAAAUAGCGAACGAACGAAAACAAUGGGCAUAUGGUGAGAAAAUCGGGAGUGUGCUUGAUUAAGGGCUCGCCCUGGUGAUGACGAGUGGCCGAAACGUCGCAUUUAGCCGGAAACCGUUGGCUCGACCCGGAACUCGCUUGGGCGCAACCUUGGCUUAGCCGGAGGCUGUAAAGGAACCAGAUUUUCGCGGUGAAUUUGUGCUAGUGUAGAUUUAACGACAAGCAACGAAAUCAGCGAUAUAAUCAACGAUACAUUCCGUAAAAGACUUUGACUUAAACCGGGUUAACUUGUGAUUUUCUGGCGAAGUCCCUGUUUAACACCGAACGAAUUGUAUUUUUUCUAAGCUAGUUUUUAUACGAAAGAAUAAGAGAAAUUGAAGUGCUACCGAUGUGUUAAGUGAACGAUGUCGACCCAAAAUUACUACAAGGAGAAGCUGGGGUUCGACCCCAGGGAGUCGAUCUACAACGACGCUCCCCCGGAAAAAUACAGGAAAACUGGGGAGGCGCCCCAUGGGUAUGAGGAGAAUCUUACCAAAUUCAAAGGUACUAUAUGGGACUUAUUUAUUCAGGCUACUUCAGACGAACGUGACGCCGUCCAAAAGAAGACAUUUACAAAAUGGGUCAACAAGCAUCUGAAAAAGACGUACACGUGUCUUCAUGUCUGUGUCUUUAUCAACAACAGUCCCUGUUGCCCCCCUGCGCGGCGCAACAUCCGAGACCUUUUCGAAGACCUGCGCGAUGGGCACAACUUAAUUUCACUCUUGGAGGUGUUAACUGGCGAACAACUCCCGAGAGAGAAAGGACAGAUGCGCUUCCAUAUGCUGCACAACAUCGACACUGCUCUUCACUUUUUACGUUGCAAAAACGUAAAACUAGUCAAUAUCCGAUCGGAAGAUAUCGUCGAUGGAAACCCUAAGCUGACCUUAGGAUUGAUAUGGACCAUCAUUUUGCACUUCCAGAUCUCCGACAUAAUCGUGGGCCAAGAACCGAAUGUGUCCGCCAAGGAUUAUCUUUUGCGAUGGGCGAAACGAACCACGCACAAGUACCCAGGGGUUCAGGUGCAAGAUUUCACCAAAUCCUGGCGCGAUGGAUUGGCGUUCAGCUCCAUUCUCCAUCGCAACAGGCCCGAUCUGAUCGAUUGGGGCCGAGUGCGCAACCAAAGACCUCGAGAGCGUCUGGAAACGGUGUUCUUUGUUGCUGAGAAGGAAUACGGAGUUACCAGGCUCUUGGAUCCGGAAGAUGUCGACACUCAUGAACCUGACGAGAAGUCGCUCAUCACGUACAUUUCGUCCCUGCAUGAAGUGUUCCCGGAGCCGCCUCCAAUUCAUCCACUUUACGACUCUGCAGCUCAACAAAGAAUGCAAGAAUACAGGGAAAUUGCGUCCAGUCUACAUAUGUGGAUGCGUGAAAAGUACAGUCUAAUGCAGGACCGUAAUUUCCCCCCAACUUUAAUCGAAAUGAAGAAACUGGCCGCCGAAUCGACCAGAUUCCGCACCGAUGAAAUCCCACCCAGACAACGGGAUAAGCAAUACUGCCAUCAACUUUUCAGAGAUCUGGAGAAGUAUUUCAAGAGCGUAGGAGAGGUUGACAUCGAACCUGAGCUACACAUCGAUAAUAUUGAAAGAAAUUGGCAGCGACUCAUGAAUGCGUAUCAAGACCGUGAUAGGCACAUAAUUGAGGAAAUUAAGCGACUCGAAAAAUUGCAACGAUUGGCGGAAAAAGUACACAGAGAAAUCAAACAGACCGAUUCUCAUCUGGAUCAAAUCGAACAAGCAAUCGAACUGGAAUCGCGACGAAUUGAACGAUUACACCCACUGGAAGCGAAGAAGGUGGCCGAUCAGAUCGACCACGACCUGGUUGUUACAGAACAGGCCAUUCAAUCCCUUAAAUCCGACGUGCACACUUUGCGCAAUGGCAGAUACCCCCAGGCUGGCGAGCUGGAUAAGCGGGUGAACAAACUGCAUGAAAAAUGGGUCCGUCUAAGGCACCAGUUGCACAACAAAAUUGUGGGGCCUUUGGCUAACAUGAGCUUCCCAGUGGAAGAACGCACUGUGACGAAACAUAUUAGAACCGUGCAAGAAACCAGGAAUAUCGAGACCAAUCCCCACUUCAGAUCCCUGCAGGAGCACAUCGAGUGGUGUAAAAACAAAUUGAAACAAUUGAAGAAGGCCGAUUUCGGUACCGAUCUACCAUCCGUUCAGCAGGAGCGUGACAUCCAUCAGCGCGAGCACAAAACCAUUGAACAGUACCAUUCCAAGGUGGAGCAAUGUGUUAAGGCCCGGCAGUAUUUCAGCGGCGAAGAGCUGACUUUGUACAAUCAGCACCUGGGACAGCUUCAGAAGGUGUAUGCUGAGCUGCUGACCUUCAGCACUGCUCGCGCCAACGACUUGGAAAGUCUCUACGACUUCAUCCAAUCCGCCACCAGAGAACUGCAGUGGCUCAACGAAAAGGAAGAGACCGAAGUGACCAGAGAUUGGAGCGAUGUUAAGCUGGACGUUGAUGGAGUGGAGAAAUACUUCGAGCAUUUGAUGAGCGAACUGGAAAAGCGCGAAUCGCAAUUUAAUUCCGUUUUGGAACGCGGCGAAUCCCUGGUUCGUCACAACCAUCCGGCCAUCAAAGCCAUUGAGGCCCAUUUGGCCGCUAUGAACGCGCAAUGGGCGUGGCUGCUCCAACUCACCCACUGUCUGGAGACGCACUUGCAGAACACCCGAAUCUACCAGGAUUUCUUCAAAGAUGUCCUAACUGCUGAGGAAUGGCUCAGAGAGAAGGAUGAGAUUAUGAAUAACGAGUUCAGUCAAGGCGACUUCAGUCUGGAUGUGGGAGAGCGACUGUUGCAAGGAAUGCAGGCGUUGAGAGACGAGCUAAACACGUUCGGAGACCAAGUGCAGGCGCUAAAAGCGCGCGCUCAGAACGUCGUGCCUUUGAAGCAGCGCAGACAACCGAUCACAAGACCGAUGAACGUUACUGCUAUUUGCAACUACAAGAAGAAUGAUUUUGUAAUUGAAAGAAAUAAGGAGUGCACCCUAACGGACAACUCAGGGCGCACAAAGUGGCGAGUGCACAACUCCAAAGGCAUCGAAUGCCAAGUGCCCGGAGUCUGCUUCGUGUUGCCUCCUCCCGAUAAGGACGCCUUGGACGCAGUGGAUCGCUUGCAACGCCAAUACGACCGUUCCAUCGCCCUGUGGCAGAAGAAACAGCUGCGAAUGAGACAAAACAUGAUCUUCGCCACCAUCAAAGUGGUAAAGGGAUGGGACUUGCCCCAAUUCAUCGCCAUCGGCGCUGAGCAACGGAACGCCAUCAGAAAGGCCCUGAACGAGGACGCCGAUAAGCUGAUAGCUGAAGGCGAUCCUUCCGACCCUCAACUCCGAAGACUCCGAAGAGAAAUGGACGAAGUCAACCGGCUGUUCGACGAGUUCGAAAAACGCGCCAGAGCAGAGGAAGAGAGCAAAAACCAAACCAAAGUAUUCAACAACCAAAUCUUCAAUCUGCAGCGCGCCUUGGACGAGGCUGAGCGCGUGAUAAAUCAGCGGGUUCUUUCGCCUCUGCCCAGAGACUUGGACACCUUGCAACAUCUCAUCCUUGAGCACAAAGAGUUCGAGUCGCGGCUUCAAAAUCUGGAGCCUGAAGUGGAACAGGUUAAGGACACUUUCAGAUCCAUCACCCUGAAAACUCCACAACACAAAAAGGACCUGGAAAAAGUCCUCGACAAAUGGAAGUACAUCUGGAACACCAGCAACCUGUACAUCGAACGCCUGAAAUGCAUGGAAAUCGUGCUCAACGGCAUGGAGGACGCGCAGCAAGUAAUCUCAGAGUUCGAAAGCAAACUGUCCAGCCUGAAAGAGCUGCCCAAUACCGAAAAGGGACUGAAAGCAGUGCACGAUGACCUGCUCAAGAUGGAAAGCGCGGUUGGCCAACAGCAAAUCGCCAUGGAUCAGCUGAACGACGACUUCGACAACGCAAGGAGACUGACUGAAAAGUCUAGACCCAACCAAAGGGGCCCGCAUUCCGAUGUGGAGCGCCUGGACAAAGACAUCCAGAGGCUUAACAGCAGAUGGUCCAGCGUUUGCCAACAGUUGGCCGACAGGCUCAAAGGCUGCCAACAGGCCUACGAUCUACUACAGAAGUACGCGCAAGCCAAGCAGGUGGAAGAUGAUUGGCUGGACGAUCAAUAUGGCAAGCUAGAAACCUUGCAGCCUAUUAAGGAUAGAGCCAAGGAGCAACUGGAUGCUACCAGGAACCUGUUGAACAACGUAGUGGAACGCACCCCUAAAAUUGAACAAGUGAACUUAAACGGUGGUAGAUUCAUCAGGGAAGGAAAGAUAUGGAGCAAAGGCGUCCAAAAGUCAAGAGACGCACUGCUGGACGCGCAUCCUUCAUUGGACGCAGGCGACGCUCUUAAGCGUCCAGACGCUGCGCCGUCCGGAGCGGACAUUGUCAGCAGGGAAUUGGACGAAUUCAAUGGACGUUAUCAAUAUUUGGUCGAUGUUUUGUACGGGAGGCUGCAGGAAAUUGCCAGCUUUAAUCCGAACGACAUUGUAACACUGAGGUUGGUCGAGCAGAUGCAGCCUCAGCCUUUCCGGACAUUCAGAACGGAGUUCCACAUGAGCAGUGCGAGCGAGCAUACUUCAACGUACACGACCACAACGCACUACAGCAAACAAUUCGUUCAAACAACGAAAUCGUCAUCAUCGUCGAGAUCGGAAAAUGGCACCACCAUCAAAAUAUCCGAGAACAAACAAGAUCAAUCGACCGACGAGACGGAUAAAAUCGCGAACGGUCGACCGCCCGAUAAACACACCACCCUGACGCAAAUCAUUCAAGAAGGGCCCCAAAAUUGGGGUACUUCCAUGCAAUUUACCGAAAUCAAGUCGCUGAAACGGGUACAUAAAGUGCACGAAGGUAUCGGCACGGAAAAUAUCACCGACAUAGCCGGUAUUAUCAAUCCAUACACUGGCGAGCAGAUGACGGUGAGAGAUGCGAUUUUGGAGCGAAUUCUGGACGUGCGAACUGGCACGAUAAUCGCCUCGCCUGAUGGCACACAAAUAAGCAUUGAAGAAGCGAAAACGCGAGGCCUCAUCGAACCGAAGGUGGCCGAUAAGCUUCAAAGUCCGUGCGGUAUCAAAGAAGAUGGGCACGAGCUGACCCUACUUGAGGCAAUCCAGAAAGACAUUUUCGAAGCAGAACAAGGCCUGAUCGACCCAUCAGAAAAGCGGCUGAAGGUAUCACAUUCCAUGACAAUUAAUCAAGCCAUUGAUGAUGGAAAAGUCGAUGUAACGUCUGGCACGUAUCGAUUGGAAUCUGGCGGAACAAUCGAUAUUAAAGAGGCGUACAAACGAGGCUACCUCCUACAGCAUACGGAAGUCAAGCUACAAACCGAGGCUUUGGCAUUAACUGACGUGAUAACCCAGGGGUUGAUUGAUGAAGUUACCGGGUGGAUUAUCGACAGAAAUACCGGGAACAAGUAUCAAAUCGAUGCGGCAACCAAAUGCAACAUCGUCGAAGGGGAUUUGAGGGAAAUCGUUGAACAGAAGUCGGACUCGAAAAUUACCGUUCUCCAAGCUUUAGAUAGGGGUAUUAUUAAUCCGAAGUUAGGCAAAUUCGUCUUGGGCCACGAGAAAGUUUCUCUGCUCGAGGCCAAGCGGCGGCAGCUGAUCGUUAAACCGAAAACUCUAAAAGAAGUCGUCGACGAUAAUCUAAUGGAUGAGGAAGGUAAGAUUUUGUCCCCGCUGCACCAGUCGAGAUUGACUCUUCUGGAGGCGGCGAAUAGGGGCGUUUUGGACAUUGAUCAAGUUAAAUGCAUCGUCGAUUUUCGCACUAACGACCUUAUUACCCUCAACGACGCAUUACGUGAGGGAAUCAUUUUACCGGAGGGCAAAUUCCGAAAUUCCGUAACGGGCGAAACUUUGACAAUCCAAGAAGCGGUAAGUAGGGGCUACAUAAUAUCCGUAGUUAAAAAAUCCAUUUUCGACGUCGACGGCUUCCAGCCCCCCGAUAAAUCCGACCAUAUAAGCUUCAAUGCAGCGAUCGCUAAGGGCUUUAUUAGUAAGAAACACGACGGUAGCUUAUUAGUGAAUAAGAAGAGCGGCAAGCUGAUCACCUUCACCGAAGGUAUUCAGUCCGGUCAAGUGAAACCCGAGGUACAUGAAAUGUUAACGCGCGGUGUAGGUAUUUACGAGAAUCGCAAAGAACUCAACGUUUUAGAGGCGGUUUUCAAGGGGCACAUUGACCCGAAAAACGGCAACUUAAUAGACAUUAAAACCAACAAAGUGAUUUAUCUUAAGGAAGCCAUCGCUCAACAUCUGAUUACCCCCGAAGGGGCAGCCACUUUGAACAGCCUUUUGAACUUAAACGUGUCCACGCGCAUUACUCGCACUUUAGUGCAACGCUAUGUUACUGUAACCAGCAAAGACGUGAAGCAGGAAAUCAUCACCUAUACCGAAGCUUUACGAUUAGGUUUAAUUAAUAACGAAAUGCAAACCUUCACCGAUCCAAUCACGCAUCAAGUCAUUCCAAUCGUCCAAGCGAUCAGUGAGGGCCGUCUGGCUCCUGAUGUGGACAGUUCCGAAAAAGUGAUCGCUCCUAAGAGCUCGGCUGUGAUUACGAUAGUAAGUAGAAAAGAAGUCCCCAUUCAUCGCGAGUCGAUGCAAAUCGACCAACAAACGGUUUAUUCGGAGAAAAAGUCUUCAGAGAACAUUCACCGAGAGUCGAUGCAAGUCGACCAACAAUCCCUCUAUUCCGAGAAAAAGUCCUCGGAGAAGCAAGUCUACGAACUGCCCAGCGAAGGCUGGCUGCUUUCAGAUGCCAUCAACCAGAAGCUCUUCGACCCAGUCACCGGCCUCUUUAUUAUCCCCGGAACUGAUCGACUAGCCAGCUUCGAGGAAUGCGUCAACUUAAAGCUAAUUUGCUCGAAUUCCGCCACUGUUCUCGACCCAAUCAGCAAGAGGAAAAUGAGCAUAACCAAAGCGCUGGAUAAAAAGAUCCUGGACAGCACUGGCCAUUACAGAAUCGGCAACGAGAAGCUGACAAUAGAAGAGGCAAUUAACCGCGGCUUUAUUAUCCUCGAAGACUCCACACAAAUGGCUGAAUCUCAACGAUUGCUGCAAAUCACCAAAUCCGAAGGCCAGCCGCCUAAAGUGGAAGUAUCCGCAGUGUUGGACAAAAACCCGCCAGUUUACACGGAGGUGAAAAUUGCCCAAACCGGAACAGCUGAGCCGGUAGAGUUGCAACCGGGCAUCAUCUACGAUCCCUCCAUCAACGCAGUUGUUUACCCGGACAAGAACCAGGCCGUUGAUCUAAUCACCGCCGUGCUCGAGAACAAAGUUUCCUCCGAUUUGGUUAAAGUCACCGACCCAUUCACAGGCAAACCAAUGGAAAUCAAAGAAGCCAUCAGGCGCAACAUCGUCGACCCGGAAAAGGAACAAUACAGAGACAAAGUGGGGCAGAAAAUGUCCCUAAAAGACGCGGCUCGAUUCGGAAUUAUCACCGUAGUCGGCGCCCCAAUAGCAGCAGUCACUUCCGUGGUAAAAACCAUCAAGACCUUAUAUGUAGUCAACCCAAAAACCGGGGAAAAAAUACCCGCCGAAGUCGCUCUGCAAGAGGGUCUGAUCGACUUGGCAACUUACGAAAAAAUGCAGUCUGAACUGGUGGAAAACUCUCAGCCCAUAACCACCACAACCACCGUGACCAGAACCAGUUUGAAAGUAACCGAUGCGAAAACUGGAAAAACCUACACCAGCCAUGAGGCUCUAGAGCAAGGCCUGAUCACUCCACAACAGAUGGAGGAGUUGGAGCAGCAAAACAAGGAAAAAGUGAAACUUCUGGACACAGCCACCAUCAGUCUGAGUGACGAAAGCGGGCCUUCGGAGGCCGACAAGACUCGAGCGCGAAUUACCACUGAGCCCACUUACAGAGUGAAAAUCGGCAGAGCGCAAUCUUUGAGCCCAGACCGAGAGGCCAAGAAGGUCGUGCUACAAAAGCUGCGAAGGAAAAUCGUCCGGCCAGAAGACGCAGCCAAAACCGGCUUGCUCGAAUCCGAAGCCGUUUCCCUACUGGCAGAUAAAGCCAACUUUAUAACCGAAGAGGGCGAAACCCUAACACUACAGGAGGCUUUGGAAGCAAACAAAGUCGACGGAAACCAGGGAAUCAUCAUCGACCCUCAGAGAGGCGACCAAUUGACCAUUAGUCAAGCAAUCGAACGCGGCAUUCUAGACCCCGAUGGUUCCAGUGAGAUUCUAGUGCCUUUAAAUCGCAGCCUAUCCAUUCCAGAAGUGAUCAAACAGGGCCUACUGGAUCCUGCGACUCAGAAAGUUGUGCAUCCGGAAACGGGGGCUCAUUUAAGCAUCAGCGAAGCAAUAAUCUGUGAUAUUAUCGACCCACUCAGCACGCUAGUGGAAAAAACUGGUGAUAAAGUUACGCUAAGUGAGGCGCUGGAAAGUGGCGUCGUUGAUGAUGAAACAUCGGUAGUGGAAACCAAGAGCGGAGCUAAAAAUCUGGAAGACGCCGUUAAAGACAAGGUGUUUGACGAGGCAACGCCCAAAGGGCCGUUACAGUUGCCGCCUGCCGGGAUGACUUUGUCCGUGGCCAUCAAGAGAGGGCUGGUUGACUCCGAUACCAAACACAUUAUAAACCCGGUUACGAAAGAGUCCAUCUCCAUUAGUGAGGCCAUCAAGGACAACUUUAUAAUGUCCUUGCCAUUCCCUCCAGCGCCAGAAGGAGUCAAGCUGGACGAAGCAUUGGAGUCCCAGCUAAUCGACACAGACGCUGGCACCUUCAAGGACCCAAAAUCCGGUGAAACCUACCCAGUGUCGGAAGCAGUGGAAAAGGGCAUGUUAAUAAUCAAGGAACCCACAAGCGCAGUAUACUUCAGCGCCAAACCCCCAGUGACUACAGUGACCGAAACUGUCAACACGAUUCACACUGUGACGACGAAGACCAUCGAAAUAUUAUCGGGUUAUGCAUUGCUGAACAACCAGGAGGUGCAAAACGUCACAACCGGUCAGAUUCUUUCAAUCGAAGAAGCCAAGAAGCAAGGAAUUAUCAAGGACGUGAAAGAAACGAAGAAUAAAACCAUCAUCAAAGACAUCCACAUGUCAUUCUCGGAUGCUUUGCAUAAAGGACUGGUUGAUAUGAAGGCCGGAACGUACACAGAUCCAAAUUCCGGAGAGUCCAUUCCGAUUCAGCAGGCGCUGCAAGAGGGAAAAAUAUCCGCCACUCCCCAAAUAACCGAGGAAUCGCGCGAAUCUUCAGUCAGCACCUCCAAGUCCACUGAGCUCAACAUUUCAGAGGCGUUUGAAACCAUCUACGAUUCAAAGUCCGAAAAGUUCCUCGAUCUGACCGAGAACAAAGAAGUGACGUUCAAAGAGGCCUUGGACAGGGACAUAAUCGACCCGAACUCGAUAAUUUACGACGUGGCUGCACAGAAAACCAUUUCAAUUGCUGCGGCUGUCGAUAAGGGGCUCAUCGAUAGCGAGACCGGCAGGAUUAAGGACGAAAAAUCUGGAAAAAGCAUCGACUUUAAGGAGGCAACCAAGAAAGGGCUGAUUGCAGUGCUCGGAGGGUUGGCGUUGCCGGUCAUAGCGCCAGUUGCUGCGGGAGUUGCAGCUGUAAAUGCCGUUAAAGACUAUGCAGAGAAAAAGAAGCUGGAAAAGGAAAAAGAAGUGAAAAAGGUGCAAGAGGAACGCAAGGCAAUGACUAUUCAAACAGUGGACAGUGCGCAAGCGAAAACCUCCACGGUGCAUGUUAUUAAGAAGGAAGAGUCCAUUAUUUCUAGCCCGGACAUUGUCAAAAUCCUCCCUGUUGGGGACGCCAUCUCUCAGAACCUAAUCAACCCGAAAACCUGCCGAAUAAUCUACGGCAACUCUGAGCUGCCCUACACUGUGCAAGAUGGCUUGUCGCAGAACAAAAUCGGUCCUCUGGAUGAAAUCCAAAUAGUGUCCAACAACAGAGUCAUUCUAGUGGACGUGCACAAAUCUGCAGUCAUUUCCAUUUCCAAAAACAUGACGGCGCAGAAAUUGGCCGAACUGGGGUAUUACGAUUUGCGGCGAAGGCUCUUCAUUGAUCCCCAAACAGGAGCCCACAUCACCUUUGAAGACCUCGUUUACGAACUAGGAGUUAUCGAUCCAGACACCGUCCUGGUAAAGGACCUGACCAAGAAACCGGCCGCUUAUGUGACUUUGCAUGAAGCCUUGCAAAGACCCUUGUUGGAUCGCCAGACUGGAUACAUGGUGGAUCCGAAAACCGGCAAAAGAGUGCCGUUCUUUGAAGCGGUCAAGCUGCGAUGGAUCAUCCAUGUGGACGACAAGCCCAAGGAGAAAUUCAAGCCGAUAACGCUCCAGGAAAUUGUAAAAACUGAGAAAUUCGAUCAUGAAAAAGUGGAAGUGGCCACUGCAACUGAAACACUGCCACUAAUCAAGGCUUUGAACGCGAAUAUCGUCGAUCCGAAGUCGGUAACUAUUCGAGACCCGAAGAACAUGCAACUGGUGCCCUUCUACGAAGCAGUGGAUAAACAGAUCGUCGAUCCUCAACGUGGUCUGGUGGUGAAUACGGCAACGCAAGAAAUUAUUCCGUUUUCCGAAGCUUUCCUCUCUGGUCUGGUGCUGGCCAUUCCCAGGCCUAUUUCCCUACAAGCGGUCAUCCAUAAGGGCAUGUACGACAGCGAAUCGUUCAAAAUGAGAGAUCCGUUGACCAAUCAGUUGCUGUCCGUGCAAGAGGCCAUUGAACGGCAGAUAGUCGAUGCGAAAAUCAGCGAAAUCAAAGACACCAAAGAAGACGUUUUUAUCAUUCUGGAUGACGCGAUUGCGAAUAAAGUCAUUGAUGCUGAGACUGGUCGGAUGAUGGACACCAAUGCUGGAGCAUUGGUGCCAUUUGAUAAAGCUCUGGAAUUGCAGCUGAUUAGAACCAAACCAGUGGUGUUCAAUUUGCUGCAAGUGAUUUUGGCCAAUUAUUACUCGCCCCAAUCGGGGCUGAUUAUGAACCCGAUCACUGGAGAUGAAAUCACGCUCGCCAAAGCGAUAGAAUACAAACUAGUCGAUCCAGUUACAACGAGAAUUAAGGACGACAGACGAGGGCGCAUUGUGGAGAUACACGAAGCAGUGGAAAGCAGCCUUAUCGAUGCCGAAAAGGGGCUUUUAACCAACCCGCCGCUGACUUUGGACCAGGCCUAUUUGAAGGGCUACAUAUUAAGCACAGUCUUGCCCUGGUCGCUUCAGGAGACUUUGGCUCAGAACGUCUAUGACUCUACGUCAGGCCAAAUAGUAUUCAACGACUCCAACGUAACAAUCAGCCAGGCCAUUGAGGGCGGCAUAGUGAAUCCCAACGUUUUAACUGUGAAGGACCCGAAAUCUGGCGAAAUCAUCACACUGAAUGAAGCAAUCCAAUUGAAGCUGAUCGAUCCAGUCAAAGGGCAGGCCUACGAUCCGAUUUCCAACUCGGAAAUGAAUUUGGUGGAAGCGCAAGAGCGGGGCUUGAUUGUGCCUUACAAGACGCAGAUAACUCUACCUGAAGCUGUUUUCAAGGGCUUUUACGACCCGACGACUGGCAAGUUCAUUAAUCCCAAGAACAAAGAACGGCUGAAGGCUUCCAGUGCGAUUAACCGAGGCUAUGUGGAUACUUCCGGCACUUUGGUAACUAUUGAUGAAGAGAUUGUGACUUUUGACCAGGCCGUGACCGAGGGUGUGAUUGAUACCAACGAAGGAUUCAUCCUCAGCUACAAUGAACAUGUGGACUUUAAUGAAGCGUUUGAGCGGGGGCUUCUGGUGGAGAUUCGCCCUCCUAUUCCACUUAGUGAGGCCAUAGCCAAGGGCAUCUACGACGAGGAGACGCAACUGUUUUUGGACCCGCAAACCGGUCAAUAUCUAACUCUGAUAGAAGCCAUUGAAAUAAGCCUGAUUGAUGCCGAAUCUGUGAGCGUCAAGGAUACGCGAGUGGGAAUCUGGAGGAAAAUUUCCCUCAUUGACGCUAUCCACAACAACUACGUGGACGGCAAUACUGGAAAGGUGCGGGAUUUCGCCAAAGGCGAAAACUUCGAGGUGUCCUUGCAAAAGGCCUUCGAUAUGGGGAUUUUGGUGGACAACAAAGCAGCCAUUUCGCUUCAGCGCGCAAUUCAUCAAGGCCUCUACGACGAAACUACUGGAAAGAUUUUGGACCCGUCAACGGACCGGAAGGUCACUUUGCAUGAAGCGAUCAGGAACUUCAAUGUUAACCCCCUGCUGCCAUGCUAUCUGGAUAGAAGGGAAGGUAGGUUGUACAACCUGACGGAAACCUGCCGGUUGGGGAUAAUUGAUAAGCGCAGUGGAACGUUCAAGGAGCCGUUCACCGAGAAAACCAUCAAACUUACCGAAGCGCUGAACGCAGGGCUGAUUGUUGAUAUCGAGUCAGCCAACUUCGGCCUGGCCGAGGCACUGGAAUUGGGGCUCUACAUCCCAGAAGAAGGAGUGUUUGUGCACCCGGCCAGCGGCCGGAAAUUCAACCUGAGCGAAUCUAUUGAAAACGAGCUGAUUAACCCGGUCACGUCUCUGGUUAAGAACAGCAAACUCAACAAAUACGUCCAGUUGCCCGUGGCAAUUGAAACUAGAUUAAUCGAUGACCAAUUGAGCACCUACGUGUUUCCUCAUGGAAAAACUAUCGAUCUGAUCGAGGCUAGAAACAAGGGCUUGAUAGUGACGGCGCGCACUCCUUUGACUCUCGAGGAAACCCUCCGAAACUCCCUUUACCGGCCGGAUUCCGGAAAGUUUGCUGAUCCAGUUAACAACGAGUUCUACGACUUGAAGCAAGCCCUGGAGAACAAAUUCAUCGACUCUCAAACCACCGCCCUUAAGGAUGCGACUAACAACACCACAAAGUCGCUACUUUUGGCCAUAGAGGAAGGAAAAAUCGACAUAGAAAAGGGCCGAGUACUCGACUCAAAAUCCAAAAAGACUUUCAACUUUGACGAAGCCUUCAAGAGAGGGCUGCUGAUAACGCUCACCAAGCCGUUGGAAGAAGAAGCUGUGCAAAAAGUGGUAAGUGAUAGUGCAGUGUCUCCGAGACAAUUGCGCGAAUGUGCCUUAGAUGAAGCUAUUAAGUUUGAUAUGUUAAAUCCGGAUGAAGCUGUGAUUAAAGACUUACAAACGGGUAAAUUUAAGACUGUUGCGGAAGCUGUGAAAGACGGUCAAUUAGAUUUAGCGAAAACGGUAAUUUUCGAUGUCCAAGCGGGUAAAGUUAAGUCCCUGGUGGUCACCUACGAUCAACUGCUGGUGAUAUACCUGAAAGAGCCCAUUGGGUUUAGGCAGGCCGUUGAUAGCGGUCUUUUGAGUAUUACUAGUGGUAAAUUCACGGUUCCCAACACCAGCGAGGAACUCUCCCUUAAAGAUUCAAUCGCCCUUGGGUUCGUUGAUCCGGAUAGCGUUCUACUCAAAGAUUCCAAUAAGAAAAAGCUAAUUAAACUUCCCGAAGGCUUUAGGAAAGGUCUGAUUGACGCCGAUAAGGGCAAUGUGCUGGAUAGCGCCACAUCCAAACUGUAUUCACUGUCUGCAGCCUUAGAAUCUGGCCUGUUGAUAACGCCCAACAUGGGUUUCACUUUAAUUGAAACCAUCGUAUACGGAAUUUAUAAUCCGACCACCGGUUGCUUUACCGAUCCGUUUGUCACCACCAGUAUUAUAGACCGAAAGAAAUUGACCCUAGUGGAGGCUAUAGAUGAAAAUCUGGUGGAUCCGAGCACAACAGUGGUUAAAGACCUGGAUGGCGGAACCAUUGAGCCACUUUGGCAAGCAAUCGAAAGCAAAGUGGUGGAUGCUGUUGCGGGUAGGAUACACGACACAGUCGAAAAGAAAGAAUACGAUUUUGUUAAAGCUCUGGAGAAGGGCCUGAUCCUUCCAGCCGAACAACGGCAAGCCGUCCAAGAAAAGUACAAGCUAUGCGACGAAACGUUGUCGAAACUGCUACAUUGGAUCGGUGAGGUCGAGGACCGAAUCGCCUCUCAAGACGUGAUUCAUGAAGUGGAGGAAGAGCUGCGCAACCAAAUCAACAGCAUCAAGCAAAUCAAAGACGAUCUGGAGCAGCACUCCGGGCAAGUCUCGCAUUGCGGCGAUCAAGUGAGGCAACUGGUGUUAACUGCUGGGGACAUUUUGUCCAAGAGCGAAGUGUCGGCGCUGGAAAAGAGCUCGCGCAACCUGAAGACGCGCUUUGAUAAGGCGGUGGAUAAGACCGACAAGUUGCUGAGACGCCAGCUGGCGGCACGAGAUGAGCUGGCCAAGUUGAAGAGCGAACUGAAUCUGUUCUCCACUUGGCUGGGAAAAGCGCGAAGAAUCCUCGAGGAUAAGGAAAGAGCGCUCAGCGACUUGCAAAGAUUGGACUCAAGCGCCGACAGCACCAGGGACUUUGUCAGCGAUGUUAUUGCUCAUCAAGCCGACUUGCGGUUCAUCACCAUGUCUGCCCAAAAGUUCGUCGACGAAGGAAAGGAAUACCUCAACAUUCUCAACGACUUCAGAACGUCGCUUCCAUCGCGUCUCCCCCACAUUGAGCCGCUAUCCUCCCAAGACUCUCCAGUCCGCAGUGAGGUGUCUUUAGUCACUCAACAAUACCGAGAUCUCCUCCAUCGGGCCAACAACUUGGCCGACAGACUUUCAGGCGUAGGAGGAAAACAACGCGAAUAUUCCGAUGCGCUGGACAAAGCCAGAACUUGGCUUAAAGACGCCGAGCCCAGAGCCAAUAAGUUGCUCAACGAACCAAUUGGAGGCGAUCCGAAAACAGUGGAAGAUCAGCUGCACAAAGCCAAAGCUUUGAACAAUGAGUUCGUAGCUAAUGGAAAACUCAUUGAUAAUGCUAAACAGGCAACCAGCGCUUUGGUGAGAUCCCUGGAAGGGCAAAUUUCGCCCUCAGAAAUCCACCGAUUGGAAGAGCCGGUGGAAUCCCUGGAAGGCAAAUACAACAGCCUCAGUGGGGCGAUCGCCAAUCGAUGCCAAGAACUCGACACCGCUCUAGUCCAGUCCCAAGGAGUGCAAGAUGCAUUGGAUGGCAUCAUUGACUGGCUGAACCAGGCAGAGAACCAGUUUAAGAACAUGCAAAGACCCGCAUCCCUAAUCCAAGAACGAUUGGAGGAACAGCUGAGAGAACACCGAGGGUUCCAGUCGGAUAUCGACACUCACAUUUCCUCCAUUGACUCCGUGUAUUUGUCGGCAAAUGAGCUGAUUGUGUCCACCAGCAACGCUCGAGUGGCCAAGCAGAUCGAAGGUAAAUUGACCGAUGUGAAGACUCGUUUCGAGAAGCUGUUUGAUCGGGUGCAGAAUCGCGGCGUUUUCCUGGGCGAAGUUAACAGGGAUUUAGUGGCCUUUAACAACCAGGCACUUAAGUUUGAGAAAUGGUACAGCGAAAUCAUGGAAAUCAUCGAGUCCCGCGACUUGGCUAAAGCCCCAGCUGAACAAUACGCAUUGCAGAUGAAGGAAAUUGCCAGAAAUCGGGACGAUAACAGAGCUCUAUUUGAAGAGGUCGUGCAAAUCGGCAAGGAAUUGCUUAACAAGCGGGAUGUUACCGAUACAACAGGCGUCCGUGAUCGUGUUAAGAACAUGGAAAGCCAAUGGCGAGACCUGGAAAAUCUCAUGGAGGAAAAGACAAAAUUGUCCAAGUUGCGCGCCGAACAGCACAGCGCGUACGAGACCUUAAAAGAACAGGUCCUAGACUGGCUGAGCAGAAUGGAAACCAAAGUCACUCGCUUGGACCUUGUGGCCAUUCAUCUGGAGACUCUCAGAAAGCAACACGAUGAGCUUAAGCCGAUAUCCUCAGAGUACAAAGGCUACUCUUCAACUAUCGACAAAGUCAAUGACAUCGGCAAUGCCUACGACAGCCUGAUUAGGGGAGACAGGCCCGAAUCGCCUUCGAGACGUAAGGGAUACAGCCCGACAAAGCGCCUAUCAGGAAGAGCGUCGCAAGACGCUCGAUCUCCAUCGCCAACUAAGGGCUUGAGUCCCCUUUCUCCCGGCGGAUCAAGCGGCUUCUCUUCGCGAAGAUCCAGCCAGGAUGGCUUCCACUUGGAGGAGCUGUCCCCCGUUCAGCAACAGCUAUCGGAAAUCAACAAUCGCUACUCGCUCUUGGGUGUCAAAAUUAAUGAUCGACAAUCCGAAAUCGACCAACUGCGAGAGGAGCUGAAGAAGCAACUGGACAACUUGAAGACCCUCAGCGCCUUCCUGGAGAAAACCCAGCGACAGCUGCCUAAGGACGUUGUUCCCAACACCAAAGACGAAGCAGAUAAGCUGAACAAGCAAAUCAAGCAUGUUCUGGAAGAAAUGUACGAGAAGCAAAGUCUUUUGGACACCACCAACAGUCAAGUCAGGGACCUCUUGAAGAGAAAGGCUGGCGCAAUGGGCGCAGAUAAUCUCAACGAUGAACUAGAAGAAGUUCUCUCUCACUGGAAGAGUCUUAGCGACCAUCUGAAGAAUCGUAUCAAGUUCAUGGAAGACAUGAAAGAGUUCCACGACACGCACGAUUCGCUCGCAACCUGGCUGGGAGCUAAAGAGCGCAUGUUAACCGUGCUCGGCCCCAUUUCAAGCGACUCCAGAAUGGUGCAGUCUCAAGUUCAACAAGUGCAAGUCCUACGCGAAGAAUUCCGCUCGCAACAGCCCCAACUUCAGCAUUUGGUCGAUGUCGGCGACGACGUUCUCUCAUAUCUAGAGCCCAGGUCGCCCGAUCACCAAAAAAUCAACACAAAAUUAACGGCAAUCCAACAACGAUGGGCCGACAUUCUCGGAAAACUUGAAGAACGUGCCGAAUCGCUUGGGGCAGCUGCCGACACCAGCAGAGAGUUCGAUGCUCAAUUGACCAGACUGCGGGAUGCUUUGCAAGGCAUCUCCGAUAACCUAGACGAAGUGGCCUUUGAAAAGAACCCAGAAGACCAACUCAGGAAAGUGGAGCAUCUGGAGCGGCAACUAGAAGGCCAGAGACCAUUACUGGCCGAUUUAGAAGCUAACGGUGCACAACUCUGUGAAGUUUUAAGCGAUCCGGCGUCAAGAGCCGACAUCCAAAGCAAGCUGGCCUCAGUCGGCCGCCAAUACAACGCGCUUCAAAAGAAACUUGACCUCAAAAAGGCGGAAAUCGAGGGCUCUUUGAGGGACGGACGCCAAUUCGAGGCCUCUUGUGCCAAGACUCUUGGCUGGCUAUCUGAUGAACUGGGCUCUUUGAGUGAGCGCCUGCUCAUUUCGGCUGACCGGGAUGUGCUUGAGCAACAACUUGCCCAUCAUGAGCCCAUUUACCGUGAUGUGCUUGCACGGGAGCAUGAAGUUAUCAUGCUACUCAACAAAGGCCGAGAAAUGGUAUCCAGAUCCACUAAAACUGACACCAGAGGCGUACAACGAGACCUGGAUAAGAUCCAGCAAUCGUGGGAAAAACUUCGCAAGGAAGCCCUUGACCGGCAGACUCGCCUGAAAACCUGCCAAGAGCACUGCCGCAAAUACUACAGCGUCCUGGAAUCAUUCCUGCCAUGGCUCAGACAAGCCGAAGACAAAAUCGACUCCCUUCGCCUACAGUCCUUCGAGAAAAAACACAUUGAGAAACAGCUGAAGGAACUGCAAGCCUUUAGGAACGAGGUGUGGAAGAAGUCGGGCGAAUAUGAAAACACCCGCUCCUUAGGGGACACCUUCCUGUCGUCCUGCGACAUCGACAAGGACAUAGUGAAGAACGAACUGCUCGAGCUGAAGGAAAGAUGGGAGAAACUCAACAAUGACCUCAUCCUGCGCACGCAAGCCCUCGAAGACCAAUCGAGACGUUUGGGCGAUUUCAACGAGAACCUACGCGAUCUUAAACACGGCUUGGACAGAUGCGAGGACAAACUGGCCUCCCACGAUGCUCUGGGUGGGGCCUCUAGAGACCCCAAGUUACUAGACAGGAUCAAGGCAUUGCGAGAGGAAACUGCCAACUUGAAAAAACCGCUGCAAAGCCUUCGCAAUCAAGCGGCCGAUCUCUGCCACGAAGCCACCGAAAAUGGCAUCGAUGCCAAUCAUCUGAAGGACGAAGUAGAAAGUAUUGGCGAUCGCAUUGAUGACCUGCAAAGUAAACUCAAUGACCGCUGCUCGGACCUGCAAUCGGCUGCCACUGCUGUUACGCAAUUCAACGAGAAAGUCAAAGGUUUGUCGCACGAUUUGUCCGGUCUGGAAGCCGAGCUGGACAACAUGAAACCACCAGCGCGCGACGUAAAAGCUGUCCGCGGCCAAAUUGAUGAUGUGGUCAAGUUUAUCGGCAAAGUGGGCAAAGCGUCCAAUGAUGUUGAGGAUGCCAUUCUAGCCGGCGAACGGCUGGUUGAUAGUGGCUUUGCUCCCGACACUGCACAAACUCGCCAGCAAGUGGACGCCCUCAAGAGACAACUGGGCAAAUUGGACGACCGCGCCCAUAACAGGGAAAAGGAACUCGAAGGCGCUCUGAAGAAGCUCGAAGAUUUCUACAUCGGGCAUGCAGGGGUCUUGGACGGAAUUAAGGAUGCAUUCGAUCAAUUGCGCAAGCUAAAACCAAUCGGCUCAGACGUGGAGGGUAUCAGAUCGCAACAGAAGGACUUUAAAAAGUUCCGCGCCGCCACUGUUGAUCCUUUGAACAAGAACGUGGAAACCUGUAACAGAGUCGGUCAGGGACUGGUCCAAUCGGCCGCUUCCGGUGUGAACACGCAAACUUUGGAGAAAGACCUGGAGAAAAUGAACGACCAAUGGAACACUCUGAAAGAGAAAAUAAACGAUCGCGAGCGCAAGCUCGACAUUGCCUUGCUGCAGUCUGGAAAGUUCCAAGAAGCUUUGGACGGAUUGGCCAAAUGGCUGGCCGACACCGAAGAGCUGGUGGCCAAUCAAAAACCACCUUCUGCAGACUACAAAGUUGUGAAGGCCCAACUGCAAGAGCAAAAGUUCCUGAAGAAAAUGCUACUAGACCGGCAAAACUCCAUGUCGUCGCUGUUUAGCAUGGGCAACGAGAUUGCCAAGGAGGCAGACCCAUCUGAGCGAAAGGCCAUUGAGAAGCAACUCAAGGAUCUGAUUGGACGCUUCGAUGCCCUCACUGAAGGAGCACAACAGCGCACGCUUGAUCUGGAACACGCCAUGAAAGUGGCCAAGGAGUUCCAGGAUAAGCUGCUGCCUUUGCAAGACUGGCUGGAGCGCAGCGAGAAGAAGGUGAAGGACAUGUCACUGAUACCAACCGAUGAGGAGAAGAUCCAGCAAAGAAUCAGGGAACAUGACGCGCUACACAAUGACAUUCUAAGCAAAAAACCCGACUUUAGAGAACUGGCCGAUGUCGCAUCCAACUUGAUGUCGCUUGUGGGCGAAGACGAGGCGGCUGGACUAGCAGAUAAGCUGGCCGAAGUUACUGAUAGAUAUGGCAAUCUGGUGGAAGACAGCGAAAAGAUCGGCGAUCUUCUCACAGCUUCAAGACAAGGCUUAAGACAUCUGGUGCUCACCUACCAGGACUUGGCCGCCUGGAUGGACUCCAUGGAACAACGCCUGGCACGCUAUAAAGUGCUGGCUGUUCAUACAGACCGACUGCUUGAACAAAUGGACGAUCUUACAGCCCUCACGGAAGACAUCGCAGGCCGCCAAGCUGAUGUGGAUGGAACCGUUGAUGCAGGCGUCGAACUUAUGGGACAUAUUUCAUCCGAUGAAGCCCUACAGUUGAAGGACAAACUCGACUCUCUUCAACGUCGCUAUAACGACUUGACAUCCCGAGGGGCCGACUUGCUGAAACUUGCACAAAACCUACUGCCGUUGGUGCAGAAGUUCCACAACAACCACAACCGAUUGGUCGAAUGGAUGCAAGGAGCCGAAUCCGUGCUGCAAUCAGCUGAACCUAAUGAGGGCGAUAUUGCGCGUCUUGAGGUCGAUCUACAAGAACUACGACCGGUUUUAGAAACAAUCAACGUGCUGGGACCUCAACUGUGCCAAGCCAGUCCCGGAGAAGGCGCUGCGACAAUUGAAGGCUUGGUGUCCAGAGACAAUCGAAGAUUUGAUGCCAUCGCUGAACAAAUUCAGAGACGAGCUGAGAGGAUCCACUUGGGCAAGCAGAGAGCUUUGGAGGUUACAGGCGACAUCGAUGAGCUGUUGGAGUGGUUCCGAGAGGUAGAAAGUCAGAUAAGAGAUGCGGAGAAGCCGUCAGCGGAACCUGAUGUGAUCAGAGUGCAACUCAAAGAACACAAAGCUCUGAAUGAUGAUAUUUCCAGUCAAAAAGGUCGGGUGCGCGACGUUUUGUCCACAGCCAAGAAAGUCCUGCGGGAAAGUCCCCCAAGUGAAGACACCAGCCUUAUCAGGGAGAAAAUGGAGGAUCUGCGAGAAGCAAUGGACACCGUAUCUGCUCUUAGUUCGGAUCGAUUGGGCAUUUUAGAACAAGCCCUGCCUCUGGCCGAACAUUUCCACGACACACACAUUGGCCUGGUCAAUUGGCUCGGCGAUAUGGAGGAACAAGUUUCCAUGCUUUCCAUGCCCGCCCUACGUCCAGAUGCUAUUGCCCAACAACAGGAUCGAAACGAGUUAUUCCUGCAGUCCAUCAACGAACAUAAGCCACUCGUUGACAAACUGAACAAGACUGGAGAAGCUCUCAUUCGACUUUGUAAUGAUGAUGACGGUUCGAAAGUACAAGAAUUGCUGGAUAAUGAUAAUGCCAGAUACGCAGCCUUGAAGCUGGAGCUUCGCGAGCGCCAGCAAGCCCUUGAGCAAGCCUUGCAAGAAAGUUCCUUGUUCUCCGACAAACUCGAAGGAAUGUUAAGAGCGCUGACCAACACAGCCGAUCAAGUGAACAAUCAAGAACCGAUUUCCGCUCAUGUGCCCAAAAUUCGCGAUCAAAUCGAAGACAAUGAUGCAAUUGUUAGUGAUUUGGACAAGCGAAAGGAGGCGUACGCUGCAGUGCAACGUGCUGCGGACGAUGUCAUCAACAAGGCAGGAAACAGAGCUGAUUCGGCCGUUAAAGACAUUAAACGCAAAUUAGACAAGCUGAAGAACCUGUGGGACGAUGUGCAGAAAGCCACCAAAGACCGGGGCCACUCCCUGGAUAAUGCUUUGGAUGCCGCGCAGAAGUUCUGGAAAGAGUUGCACGCAAUUAUGGCUACUUUGAAGGACUUGGAAGAUUCACUGGUCAGCCAAGAGCCACCGGCAGUCGAACCCAAAGCCAUACAAGAACAGCAAGUUGCGCUGCAAGAAAUCAGGCAAGAAAUCGAUCAGACCAAGCCUGAAGUGGAUCAAGUUCGGUCUUCUGGGCAGAAGUUGAUGAAACUGUGCGGCGAACCAGACAAGCCGGAAGUUAAGAAGCACAUUGAAGAUCUUGAUAAUGCAUGGGACAAUAUUACUGCCCUGUAUGCCAAGAGGGAAGAAAAUCUCAUCGAUGCCAUGGAGAAAGCGAUGGAAUUCCAUGAGACUCUUCAGGAUCUUUUGGCAUUCCUGGACAAGGCCGAGAGGAAGUUUGAGAAAAUGGGCCCAUUGGGCGCAGAUAUCGAUGCAGUCAAAAAGCAAAUCGAACAGCUGAAGAACUUCAAAGCGGAAGUGGAUCCUCAUAUGGUGAAAGUUGAGGCCCUCAACAGGAGUCUUAUAAGACAAGCCCAGGAGCUGACUGAGCGCACUUCAGCAGACCAAGCAGCCGCAAUCAAAGAGCCGCUGUCUGCAGUCAAUAAGCGAUGGGAUGAUCUGCUCAGAGGAAUGGUGGACAGGCAACGACAGUUGGAAAAUGCGCUGCUGCGUUUGGGACAGUUCCAGCAUGCUCUCAACGAGCUGCUGAUCUGGAUCUCCAAAACAGACAAGACUCUGGACGAGCUCAAACCAGUGGCAGGAGAUGCACAGGUUUUAGAAAUCGAGCUGGCUAAACUGAAGGUGCUGAUCAACGAUAUUCAAGCCCAUCAAACCAGCGUGGACACGUUGAAUGACGCCGGAAGGCAAAUCAUUGAAAGUGGCGAAGAUCGUUAUGAAGCUUCAACAACCCAAGAGAAACUUAAUACUUUGAACACCCAAUGGCGUGCGCUGGUUCAAAAAGCUGCAGACCGUCAACGCGAGUUGGAAGACGCUCUUACCGACGCCCACAGAUUCAACGCGGAAAUCCAAGACUUACUUUCUUGGCUGGGCGAUGUGGACGGCAUCAUUGCCGCUUCAAAACCAGUGGGUGGCCUGCCGGAAACCGCCUCCGAACAGCUGGAGAGAUUCAUGGAGAUUUACAACGAAAUCGAAGAGAACCGACCCAAAGUGGAAACCGUGCUGGCCCAGGGGCAGGAGUAUUUGAAGAAGGCCCCGCCCAACUCUGCCUCGAACUUGCAGCACAACUUGCGCACCUUGAAACAACGCUGGGACUCAGUCACCGCGCGAGCCAAUGACAAGAAAAUCAAGCUGGAAAUCGCGCUUAAGGAAGCCACUGAGUUCCACGAGUCCCUGCAGGCGUUCGUCGAUUGGUUGACGAACGCUGAGAAGAUCCUGAACAGCCUAAAACCCGUUUCAAGAGUGUUGGACAAUGUGCAGCAGCAGAUCGAAGACCACAAAGUGUUCCAGAAGGAUGUGAGCGCCCAUCGCGAAAUCAUGCUGGCGCUUGACAAGAAGGGAACCCACUUAAAGUACUUCAGCCAGAAGCAAGACGUGAUCCUGAUUAAGAACCUCUUGAUCAGCGUGCAACACCGAUGGGAGCGUGUAGCGGCCAAAUCGGCUGAACGCACCAGAGCUCUGGAUCUGGGCUACAAAGAAGCGAAGGAGUUCCACGAUUCUUGGCUAGGCCUGAUGCAUUGGCUGGAUGAAACCGAACAAAACCUAGACGCCUUCAUGUUGGAUACAGCUGGAAACGACCCGGACAAGAUCAAGGCGCGACUUUCCAAACACCACGAAUUCCAGCGCGCUUUAUCUGCCAAGCAAUCCUCCUACGACACAGUGAUGAAGAACGGCAAGCAGCUGAAGGAAAAGGCACCCAAAACCGAUGAGCCCACUCUGAAGCAGAUGCUUGCCGAUCUGAAGGGCAAGUGGACGUCUGUGUGCAACAAGAGCGUUGAAAGCCAAAGAAAGCUGGAGGAAGCCCUACUCUAUUCAGGGCAAUUCAAAGAUGCUGUUGCUGCCCUCAUGGCAUGGCUUAAGAAGAGCGAAAAAGAGCUCUCUCAAGAGAGUCCCGUGCAUGGGGAUUUGGAUACAGUAACUCAUCUAUUCGACCUGCACAGACAGUUCGAGAAAGAGCUAGAGAAACGCAACGACCAAAUGGAGUCUGUUAUGCGUAAUGGGCAGGAGCUGGAAAAAACCGCCAGCAAAACCGAUGCCGCCCAUAUAAGGAAGCAAAUGACGGAGCUCAAUCAACUGUGGGAGUCCGUAACAGGGCUGACGCAUCUAAAGACCGAUAGACUGCACGAUGCUCUUAAAGAAGCUGAGAGGCUUCAUAAGUCUGUUAACAUGAUCCUCGACUGGUUGUCUGAUGCAGAAAUGAAACUCAGAUUCGUCGGAAAUACGCCCGAAGAUGAAGCCACUGCCUACGAACAGCUCAAAGCGCUUGACGAAUUCCGCGCUCAACUCAGCGAAAAGGAGAUUGAGAAAGAUCAGACGCUCAAUCUGGCUCACAACAUCCUGGCCAAGGCCCAUCCCGACUCCAUCAAUGUGAUCAAGAACUGGAUUAAAGUGAUCCAGUCCCGGUGGGAGGAAGUUUCGCAAUGGGCUCUACAGAGACACCAGAAACUCUCCUUGCACAUGCAGUCGCUAAGAGACAUGGACGAAACACUGGAAGACCUGAUCCAGUGGCUGUUGGGAUUGGAAAAUACCCUAAUUGCCCUGAAGCGAGAGGAGCUGCCAAUGAACAUCCCUGCUACGGAGCAAUUGAUAGCCGACCACAAGGAAUUCAUGGAAAAUACGCAGAAGAGACAAGCGGAAGUAGACAGGGUGUGCAAGGCCAAACAGGUCAAAGCUGCCGCAGGCUUGAAGGAUCCUCGCAAAUUUGGCAAAGCCAAAGCCCCCAUUCGCGGAUCACAGCACGACAUACACGAGCAUUCGUCCGACUACGGCACUCUCGGUCGCAAGCAAAGCUUCAAAGGAUCACGCGACUUGUUAUCGCAACGUGGCAGUCGCGCCAGUCCUGGCAGAGAGCUGAGUCCCGAACCUGGAUAUCCUCAUGUCGGGCCAAGAUUUUCAGCACCUGGAAGCGAACCCGAAUUCCGAUCACCCCGAGUGAAAUUCCUCUACGACAAAUGGCGCCACGUUUGGGUGCUAUCCUGGGAAAGACAGAGAGAACUAUACGACCAUCUGGCUUAUCUGAAGGAGAAAGAAAAGGCCGACAACUUCUCGUGGGACGACUGGAGAAAGCGUUUCUUGAAGUUCAUGAACUACAAGAAGUCCAGGCUUACUGAUCUGUUCAGGAAGAUGGACAAGGACAACAACGAGCUGAUUCCCCGGGAUGAUUUCAUUGAUGGCAUUAUAAGAACGAAAUUCGACACUUCGAGGCUGGAAAUGAAACACGUCGCAGACAUGUUCGAUGAAAACAACAGAGGUUUGAUCGACUGGAAGAAAUUCAUUGCGGCCCUCAGACCUGACUGGGAGGAGAAGACACCGGAUCAUGACGCCCAGAAGAUCCACGACGAAGUCAAGCGACUAGUCAUGCUUUGCACGUGCAGACAGAAGUUCAGAGUUUUCCAAGUUGGCGAAGGCAAAUACCGCUUUGGCGACAGCCAGAAGCUUCGUCUGGUUCGUAUCCUCCGCAGUACCGUGAUGGUACGUGUUGGUGGCGGUUGGGUCGCUUUGGACGAGUUCCUUUUGAAGAACGACCCUUGCAGAGCUAAAGGCCGCACUAACAUUGAGCUACGUGAACAAUUCAUCUUGGCGGAUGGCGUGUCUCAAACCAUGACCGCUUUUAAGAGCAAACGGUCUUCAGCCAGUCCCGUUUCUGGCUCCUCUUCGAGUUCACUACGCACUCCUCAAGGGCCAAUCACAAAGGUCCGAGAAAGAUCGCAGCGAUCGGUGCCGAUGGGCAGUUUGCCCAGACAUUCAAAGUCGACUUUGUCGGCCGGCACUCCAGACUCGCUCAGCGAUAACGAAAGUGGAUUCAGAACACCGCGAAAACCCGUCUAUCGCUCCACUUUAACACCGGGUGGGUCCAGAAACAAUUCCAGACCGGCCUCUAGAACCGGCAGUCGACCUGGCAGCAAACCACCAUCCAGGCAUGGAUCCAAUCAGUCUUUGGACAGCACUGAUGAUACACCCUCGAGGAUUCCGAGAAGAACUCCAACCUCAGGUUUUAGUUCCGCAACUUUAUCAUCUGCUAGGAAGAGCACAGUGAAUGGAACCGGCUCCAGACCAAGGACUCCAAGUGGUCUUCGCUCUCCAGCCAGUCCAGCUCUUAGAUCCACGGGCAUACCCAGAGCCUCGAGCAUACCAACCUUAACCGGAAUUAGUUCAAGUUCAUCCAGGUCUCGCAUACCGAUUUAUAGAGGGAACAGUAAGGAUGAACCGGAAUCGCCUUCCACAUCCAGUUCCUGUUCAAUGUCUUUUUCUUCUGGGACUCGAACACCAUCCGGGUCGAAUACCCCAGUUUAUCCAGAUCAACCAACGGCGGUUUCGCGAUUGCUCCGAAGAAAUUCUGGAGCAUCCGAAACGCCGACGGGUCAAGCCCGCCGAAAGAAGUCAACCAUCGAAGACCGGGAACCGUUUAGAUUAUAAUUAGGAAUAAAAAACACUAGUUUAGGUUUCUUAACUUAUUUCAAACCUAAAAUGACUGACAUAAGUUGUAGCUUCGUAUUCUAAAAAAAGAAUUGUUCAUAUUUUUGUAUAAAACUUGUUAAUUUAUUGAGAGCCUUUUCGGUCGGCGAAAAUCGCCAGUUUUGCCGGCCGGAGACGCAGUGCCUCUAGUCUCUAUAAUUGAGAAGUCACUUUGUUUUGUAAGACAGUAUUUUUCUUUAAUCGAGCAAAAUUGAGAAAUGUCUUAGUUGGUAUAAGUAUCUUUUUGUAAAUUGGUUGCCAUAUAUUACAAAAUCGAAUUAUUUAUAUUUUUAUUGUUAGAUGGAUAAGAACCACUUUUUAUGCUUCAAUCUAGCACUUUAAGUUUUGUUCAGUUUGUACCAAAUCUGUGGAUUUUAUGUUGGCUAUAGAAAACGGGACCAUUUGAUUUUCCAUGUUCUUUAAUUACAUAUUGUGUUUACUAAUUUGUCCUAACCCUAACUUUACAAACAUUAUGCUAUUGUAAUUUUUAUUUCUAAACGAGUUUUCUAGUUCUAUCUAGCAAUUGCGAAAGUGUGAUUACCAUUUAAACGUGAUCGGGACAGUGUUUUGUAAUCGCCAGUACGAAACGCUCGUCUUUGUGCGCAUAUUCUGUAUGUAUUGCUUUUGUAUAAUUUAACUGUUAAUUAAAACUAAAUUUUAUUAAAAA